AUGGAACGGAUCUUGAGGAUCUUGAGUCAAACCGGGAACUCAACCCACAAGGAACAUAUUAAAAGUCAUUGCAGCCACUGGAAAGUUCUGGUUAUUUCUGAUUAUCCACAAGCAAAAAUGACAAUAGAGGAACAAAAAGUUUCAUUAGGGGAGACGCAUGAUGAGUUGGUGAAAAGGUUGGAUGAUGUUCCAAAUCCAAACCCACAAGUGGAAUCUGAUUUAGUGAUGGAAAAUGGAGUCCUACCUGUGAUUGUAGUAGAUCGGGAUGAAGUUAUAACAGAAGUGGAGGCUGAUAUGAGUGAUGUUAUGAAUUUCGGAAAGGUGCUAGCUAAACCGAAUUACAACCUAGUUCUCUACUUUGCUGCUGAUAGGCCAAUAGCCAAAGACUCUUUGCUGGAAAUAUUUAUUAAUGGAACAAACACUUUUCGUGAUUCAAGAUUCAAAUUGAUUCCAAGCAUUGUGGAUGGGUAUUGGAUGGUCAAACGUGUAGUUGGAUCAAGAGCCUGCCUAUUAGGGAAAGUUGUAUCAUGCAACUAUCUAAGAGAAGAUAAUUUUUUGGAGGUGUCUUGA